CGAGCUAGAUACUCUCCAUUAGCCAGUAGCUAGGCAAGGUUCCCCCCCAGUUAAGUUACUGACGGACACAAGCAUCCAUCGUCUACUGCUAGUGCUGGUGCUGGCCUGCUGGAUUGGCUAGCUCGCUCGCGUGGGUGAGGCCAGUACGCCAAAAAGCUGGACAAGCGCAGAGACUUCAUUGCCCACCGUCCGAGUGGCCAUGAACUUGAAUGCCCUCCUCCUCUCUUUCUCGUAUAAAUAGUAGCCGCGAGCUCGAUUCGAUCGUCCCCGGCUACGUCCACCCAGGCCCAGCCACAGAUGAAGAAAGCGCAAGCCACCAGGAGGAGCUAGCAAAAGAAGGAGGAACGAAGAGAAGAGAGAAAUUAACAGCUCGAGAGAAACGGAGCUAGAUAGUAGCAGGGGCGCUGCUCGCUAGAGGCCGUUGAUAUGGCGCUUCGCGACGUGCUGCUGUCCAUAGCGCAGACGCCGCACCGGCUGCGCAGGAGGGCGCUGGUGACGUGGACGCCGACGCAGGAGCUGAACGAGGUGCGGGACCGGUCCGGGGCGCGCAUGAAGCGGCGGCUGGAGUGGUACGACCUCGUGGGGCUCGGCGUGGGCGGCAUGCUCGGCGCGGGCGUCUUCGUCACCACGGGGAGGGUGGCGCGCGACACCGCGGGGCCCGCCGUCUUCGCGUCCUACGUCGUCGCCGGCGUCUCCGCGCUGCUGUCGUCCUUGUGCUACGCCGAGUUCUCCGUGCGCGUCCCCGUCGCCGGCGGCGCCUUCAGCUACCUCAGAGUAACGUUCGGCGAGUUCGUGGGGUUCUUCGGCGGAGCGAACAUUCUGAUGGAGUACGUGCUGUCAAACGCGGCGGUGGCGAGGAGCUUCACGGACUACCUGGCAUCGACGUUCGGGGUCACGGAGCGCAACGCGUGGAGGAUCGUCGUCGACGGCAUCGCCGACGGGUACAAUGAGCUGGACGUGCCGGCCGUCGCGCUCAUCCUUCUCAUAACCGUAUGCCUGUGCUAUAGCACCAAGGAGAGCUCGAUGCUGAACAUGGUGCUCACGGUGUUCCACCUGCUCUUCUUCGCCUUCAUCGUCGCUGCCGGCCUGUGGAACGGCAGCGCGAGGAACCUCGUGCGGCCGCACGGGCUGGCCCCCUACGGCGUCCGCGGCGUCCUGGACGGCGCCGCCGUCGUCUACUUCAGCUACAUAGGCUACGACUCGGCGUGCACCAUGGCCGAAGAGAUCCGGGACCCCUCCCGCGCGCUCCCCGUCGGCAUCGCCGGCUCGGUGCUCGUCGUGUCCGGGCUCUACUGCCUCAUGUCCGUCGCCCUCUGCGUAAUGCUGCCCUACACCGAGAUAUCGGAAGCCGCCCCGUUCUCGUCGGCGUUCAGGGAGAAGGUGGGGUGGAGGUGGGCGAGCAGCGUGGUUGGCGCCGGCGCGAGCAUCGGCAUCGUGGCGUCGCUGAUGGUGGCGAUGCUGGGGCAGGCCAGGUACCUGUGCGUCAUCGCCAGAGCGCGUCUCGUGCCGUUGUGGUUCGCCAAGGUCCACCCUUCCACAGGCACCCCCAUGAACGCCACCAUCUUUCUAGGGUUCUGCACUGCAUCAUUAGCACUCUUCACGGAGCUGCAAAUAGUGUUCGAGAUGAUAUCCAUCGGAACCCUGCUGGUCUUCUACUUGGUCGCCAAUGCACUAAUCUACCACCGGUACGUGAAGGUCGGCACAAACCGGCCCCUGCAUGUCCUCCUCUUCCUGCUGCUCCUCACCCUGAGCUCUCUCGGCUUCUCCCUCUCGAGGAAGAUCGAUGGGUGGUGCCAGUGGGGGAUGACACUGUUCGGCGCAGUCUCCAUAGCAAUCACCACCAUCUUCCACUGCACAGCACGGCAGGACAUCGCCGGACCCUCGUUGGAGUGGUCGGUUCCUCUGAUGCCAUGGCCUGCCGCUGCAUCUGUCUUCCUGAAUGUGUUCCUGAUAACCACUCUCAAGGUGAGAUCAUACCAGAGGUUCGGCAUCUGGAGCCUUGUGACCAUAGUUUUCUAUGUCUGCUAUGGGGUGCACUCCACAUACUCUGCAGAAGAAAAUGAGAUUGUCAAUGCAAUGAUCCAUCAUGCAAAUUUGGACAUAUCUUAGCAGUGGCAGGUUAAUUAUAUGCCAGAAGUUACAUUAGAGCUCAAUAGAUUGGCAAUUAGGCCAUCUUGGAGAUGGUCCUAGGCCUAAAGAUGGUGCAAAAGAGUAUUUUGCUUUAGGUUAAUCCCUCUUUUUUUUUCCUGCUUUUGUGCUUUCUGAUUGGCCCAAAACUAUUGGCAUGUGCUUACUUUUUGCUCGAGGUACAUAUGCAGGAUUGUGCAAGGCAUGUGUCCGUUUGGCCAGUGAUUUGAAAAUCUAUCUAUUUUCACCACAACAAAUGACAAUGCCCUAGAAUGCAGGAAACUAUCAAACAUCAGCAUGAUGACUGAUCUGUUCCAGCUAGAAAUUACUUUCACCUGCAACUAGCCAUUCCUGCAGAUAGAGCAGGAGUGAGCAUACAAAAAAAAUGUAUCAAAGUUUACUGGAAAGCAUAUCCUAAAAAAUGUAAAAGCACUGGUGUACUUCAUAAAAAUCAUUGUAAUUGAACCAUGAGAAGCUGAAGUUAAUGAUUUUGCUUUUCUGUGUAACUCAUACAUGGAGAGAAAUAAACAGAGGAAACCAAAACGAAAACUGUGUUUAGACUUCAGAAUAAUUACUGAUACUAUUUCAAUCACACUAUUUCCAUUAGUAUGGAGCAAGAGUUCGCUCAGAUAGCUUUAACACAUGAACACAUUGAUACCAUUCAUCUUUCAUGCCAUAGAGUUUGAUGCCUAAAGGCACACAAUUCACUUGUGUGUUUGAGAAAAGAAUGACAGUUCCUCGCCAAGAAAAAAUAGAUCAUACAAGCACAUCCUCUAACCUUACUGGUCCAGGAAAUAACUAGGCGUGAAUUUCACAAGAAGCAUAGAAGACAUUUUUAGUUCUGAGAACUAAAUAAUCUGUAUUCAUGUUAUAAUAAAAGGAGGCUCCAUACAAAUUUCAAAAGUUACAUCAAGUCCAUUCCUAAAGAAGAACGUAUUUACAAUUUAUCAAGACAUGUAGACUAAUGAGGUGCAAAUAUUCAAUAGACUAGGCUUUGAUACAUGAUAAGCCUAAACAAUGGCUGUCAUACAUAAUUGUAUUGAAAGUUCAAGGACCACGCAUGAUGGAAUGCGGGAGUAAAGCCGAACAUCAUGGAGCGAAUCCAUGCUUUCAACUCAGCAUGCCUCAUCGAGUCAAGGUACAUACCUCAGUUUUAUUUCUUAAUGCACACCUCAAAUGGUAGCCCAAUUGUCGAACAGCACAGUGAGCCAAGGAUUGGAUGCCAGCAUACUAAGGACCACACUCUGAUGGUGAGUCCGAGAUAGUACUAAGUGGAUAGUGGUGCCUUCAUCUGCACCAAAUCCGCUGAGAAAAAACAAAACUAUUAGAUUGCAGUUCUGAACCAAUAAAUAAUGAACUACAUGGAAAACUUAAGUACCCAUGUAUUUUUCUCACCAGAUAAGAAGAUUCUGAAGAAUAACAAAACUGUAGAAGGCCAUGGAAUACCUAUAGUUCCAAAAUUGUCAUUCAAAGUAGCUAAACUUGCAGAUUUGCAGAAAGCUUGAGGCUAAUAGAUGGAAAGCAUUUCCCUAAUUCCCUUCUCUCUAAGGUCCUCUUUGGCAGGGCUUUUGUUAGGGAUUCUCCACCCUCUUAAUCAAAAGUGCUGCCAAAUGUGCACACACGAAAAUGGCUUGGUGAAGCCAAAAACCAAGGAAAAACAAUGAAGCCGAAGCAGUUUUCACUUAGAAGCAAAAGACACAAAAAUGUGGCUCCCCCCACCCCCACCCCCCUAACACACACAAAAGAUUUUUGUUUUGUCAGGGACUGUAUUUUUUCAGUCCUUUGCUAGUGCCUUAGCCCGCCAACUGAGGUCUGUGACUCUGUGAGGCCAAUGGUAUCCUUUAUAUAUUUUUUAUUUUAGAUCCUGAAUGAAAUUUCAGCACUGGGUUCUACUUUGCUGGUCACACCAACCUAUAUGUUGUGAAGCAAUCAUGCGAAGAUUUCAUUUUCAAUUACAUCCCCGGCAGAGUACAAGUGUUUAGUCCUUGUCAAAUUUUUUGCUGUAUGGAGCUGAAAAAUCUGCAAUCUACAAAUUUAAUUGUACUGUGGAGGGAACUCAAUAUUCUGUGCACUGUAUCUCUAUGAAGAAUUCCCCAGCCUGAAGUUGGAAAUCUUGAUGACUGGAUGAAAAAAGGGGAGACAAUAUUGGUACUCAACAUCUACACAUUAACAUUCCUUAUGUCCACGACUGCUGCAUCAAAUAUACAUUUUGAUAACAAUUAGUGGUACCAAAGCAAAUAUCCUCAAGAUGAGGUUACACAGAUUUCCCUUCAAAAGUGAGACAAAAGUUUACACUCACCUCUUGUAUGUAAAACUAUUGGGAGAAAUUUGAAUAAGUUGGAUUCUA